ACUCGUUUUAACUCUCUUAGCUAACGCCAAAAUGACAGGGAAGGAAGGAAUGAAGGAACAGAUGAGCUGUUUCCACUGAGAGAGUGGCAGUCGCAUCCUCUACCGUCUCCUCCUCGCAACAAGGCAAAGGGAAGAGGGUGAAAGGAUGGCCCGAUCACAACAGCAGUACUUGUUUCUCUUCGUAGUCUUCGUCUCCCUGCAGCUGGCGUCGGCGGACAGGUUCACGGUGGGGGACCGGCAGGGAUGGAACCCCAACGUCAACUACACGGUGUGGGUGGAGAAGCACAAGCCGUUCCAUGUCGGCGACUGGCUCGUGUUCUACUACCAGUCGGGGAUGGCGGACGUGGUGCAGGUGGACGAGGCGGGGUACAACAAGUGCGACGCCUCCAACCCCAUCUCCAACUACAGUAAGGGCCGCAACUACGCCUUCCAGCUCAACCACACCGGCCGCUACUACUUCGUCUGCAGCCGCGGGUACUGCUACGGCGGCAUGCGCCUCGCCAUCCUCGCGGAGCGCCUCCCGCCUCCUUCCCCUCCCCCGUCCUCACACCGCAACUCCGCCGCUCGCUGCCGCCUCUCGUCCGCCCUCCUCGCGCUCGCCGUCUCCCUUCUGUCCGCCGCCGCCCUCUUCCACUUCCACCUGUGAGCCAUGGAUCAGUCGGCGACUCUGUUGCGCCAAAACACUCGCUUCUUUCUCUUUUCUUCAUUUGGGGUGGACUGAGACAACCGUGUGAUACUGAGCUUGUUCCAUGUCAUUCGAUUCGAGACACUGCAACUCAUCAAACUUCCUGUGGUGUUUAAUGCGUU